AUGUCUGCUGAAGUCUUCCCCCCAUGUCUGCUCUUGACGCUGCUGACAUGGGUGGUGUGUGAGGUAGCGACAGGGCUGUAUGCAGAAGGGAAGUGUGUGUACCUGGACAGGGCCCAGCAGCUGGACGAUGUGGGCCUCUCUCAGGAUGGCGACGUGGUCAUUGGCGCGCUCUUCAAUGUCUACAUCCUUCCAGCAACCCUUGACUUGAGCUUCACCACAGAACCGUACCUGCAACCAUGCUCCGAUUUUCAGGAGAGUCCCGUGCAGUGGGCGCAGGCUGUUGUCUUUGCCGUGGAGGAGAUUAACAGGAACCCGUUUUUGCUACCGGGUGUCCGACUGGGCUACCACGUGAUGGACAGCUGCGCGCGCCACCCCUACAGCAUGAGAGCGGCGUUUUCAAUGAUCAGCGCCGGGGACCGCACCUGCGAGACCACCCGACCCGUCAAACUCAUCAUCGGAGACGCUUCCUCCACUCAGUGCAUCAUCCUGUCCAAAACGCUCAGCCCGCUCUAUAUACCAAUGAUCAGCUACCUGGCCUCAUGUGCCUGUCUCAGCAACAGACAUGAAUACCCUAACUUUUUCCGCACCAUCCCCAGUGAUGUGUACCAGGCACGCACCAUGGCUCAAAUGGCAAGGCGCUUUGGCUGGACCUGGGUGGGUGCUGUGGUGGCUGACAAUGACUAUGGGCUCCUGGCAGUGCAGGUGUUUCAAGAGGAGACCAAAGGAACUGAGAUCUGCCUGGCCUUUGUCAGGACGCUCCUCCGAGAGCAACUGGCUAAAGAUGUGGAUCAUGCUGCCUCAGCAGUGCAAGCCUCAUCUGCUCGUGUGAUCCUCGUGUUUGCCUGGUAUGUGGACGUGGAGGCAUUCCUUACCGAGCUUGUUCACCGGAAUGUGACAGGCCGGCAGUUUUUGGCCAGCGAGAUCUGGAGCACCAGCAGUCGUCUCCUGAGCAACCCCCAGCUAUACACUAUAGCACAGGGCACGCUGGGCGUUGCCAUUAGGAGGGCACCUAUCCCGGGAUUCAAGGAACACCUGCAUCAGCUCCGACCCUCUCGUUACCCUAGAGACACACUCCUGAGGGUGUUAUGGGAGAAGACGUUUGGCUGCAGUCCACUUCAGAACUCCUCACAGAGCAACCUACCCCCCUGCACUGGGACAGAGAGCCUGGAGCAGGUCGAGAACAGCGUGACAGAUGUCUCCAACUUGAGAGUCACCUACAACGUGUACCUGGCUGUUUAUGCAGCAGCCCAUGCCUUGCACUCCCUACUGGCCUGCACCAUGCCUAAUGGCUCUGACUCCAGCAUGACCUCAGGCUGUUCUUCCCCAGACAAGAUCACCCCAGAACAACUCUUGGAACACCUUAAGAUGGUGAACUUCACAACUCAGCUGGGGGAGAAGUUUUAUUUCCAAGAUGGGGAAAUUCCAGCCGUCUAUGACCUGGUGAACUGGCAGAGAGGGCCUGGGGGAACCUUGAACUAUGUUCCCAUUGGCAGAUUGGAGGGAUCCCAGCUCAUCAUUAAUGACUCUGCAGUUAGUUGGCCAGGCAGCUCAAACAAGAUACCCGUGUCUGUGUGCACUAAUCAGUGUCCACCUGGCACACGUAAAGCCAUCAAGAAAGGCCUGCCAGUCUGCUGCUUUGACUGCCUGCCCUGUGCUGAAGGAGAAUUCAGCAACGUCACAGGUUCCUCGAAAUGUCACCGCUGUCCUCCGGAAUUUUGGUCCAACUCUGUCAGGACUGCAUGUGUUCCACGUGAAGUUGAGUACCUCUCCUUCAGCGAAAAUUUGGGCAUCACCUUGACGACUGUGGCUGUGUCCGGUUCCAUGACCACAGCAGCUGUAGCUGUUGUUUUUGUCUACCACAGGCAGACUCCUAUUGUCAAGGCCAACAAUUCUGAGCUGAGCUUUCUACUCUUGCUGUCACUCAAACUCUGCUUCUUGUGCUCGCUUGUGUUUAUUGGUCAGCCAUCGCCAUGGUCAUGCAGGAUGCAGCAGGCAGCGUUUGGGAUCAGUUUUGUCCUCUGCAUCUCCUGCAUCCUGGUAAAGACCAUUGUGGUUCUGGUUGCAUUCCACUCAGCCAGACCUGGAUCUGCAUCCCUUAUGAAGUGGUUUGGCCCAGGCCAGCAACGAGGGAGCGUUCUUUUAUUUACCUGUAUCCAGGUAAUUAUAUGCACCGUGUGGCUGUCUUUCAGCCCACCUGUACCUCACCACAACUUAGGAAUUCAAGAGUCAAAGGUCAUCUUAGAGUGCAUGGUAGGGUCAGUUGCAGGCUUCUCCCUGGUGCUGGGCUACAUUGGCUUGCUGGCUGCUGUCUGCUUCUUGCUGGCUUUCUUUGCCCGGAAGCUUCCAGACAAUUUCAAUGAGGCCAAAUUCAUCACUUUCAGCAUGCUGAUCUUUUGUGCUGUGUGGAUCUCCUUUGUUCCAGCAUAUAUCAGCUCUCCAGGGAAGUAUAGUGUCACUGUAGAGAUCUUUGCAAUACUGGCCUCCAGUUUUGGACUCCUAAUUUGCAUAUUUGCCCCUAAAUGUUACAUAAUUUUGCUCAGACCAGAAAACAAUACCAAGAAAUUUCUCAUGGGAAAAACAAAAUAA